AUGGGUGAGUUUGGCGUUCCCCACACGGGAAAAAGAAGAAGCAACAACAACAACAGUGGUAGCAGCGUUGUUGGGUUGGAUGUUAAAGUGCAGAGCCCUGAAGCAUUAUUCCAUAAUAAGAUGACGAUGAUGGCGCAUCAUAAUCAUCACCACCGUCCAUUGUCAUCACCCUUUGAUAAUGAUUCCUGUGCUGGUGAUGGCGAUGGUCCCACGGCUUACAUGUCUUUUACUAAUCAUAUAAACCUUGUUAGUGGUGCUUCUGUUCUCGCUCCUGCUAUUGAUGGUGGCUGUGGUGCUGCUCCUGCACCUGUAAGAACUUUGCAGCCUUUUGACAUUUCUCCUUAUACUUCUCCCACCACCACCUCUUCUACCUUCAACCCCUCAGCAGGUGGGAUGGCGGCUUCGUUGGGGUUUCCUUUCACAAGUGCACAAUGGAGGGAGCUUGAAAGACAAGCCAUGAUAUACAAGUACAUGAUGGCUUCUGUUCCUGUUCCACCUGAUCUCCUCAUCCCUACUUCACUCACACCCUCUUCUCGCUCCCCCUGCAUGGAUGGUGGUUUCAAUCUGAGGUUGGCAAGUAGCACUGACCCGGAGCCAGGUAGGUGUAGAAGAACAGAUGGUAAAAAAUGGAGAUGUUCAAGAGAUGUGGCUCCUAACCACAAGUACUGCGAGCGCCAUAUGCACAGAGGCCGUCCCCGUUCAAGAAAGCCUGUGGAAGUUAACACCAACACCAACACCACCACUCCCACUAGCAUCAACAACAAUACCCACCAACUCAAGAGGCCUCGCCAUGAGUGUAAUCCUUUUCCUCCUACAGCAGAUGUUACUGUGGCUAUGUCAAACCCCACAUCUAGGAAAGAAGGAUCUUCACCCCAUUUUCUUGGCUCUUCUACCACUCAGCCAUUCCUUGAAUCUUCCCUCUCUCUUGCUAACUUUGGUAUCAAAGCUGCAAAUUUUGGCUCCGUGGCUUCUGUUUCUGCCAAUAAGGAGCCCAGGGGUUUGGACUGGAUGCUGAAUGGAGAUCCUAUCUCCCUGGGUGCUUCUGACUCAGAAUGGCAUUCUCUGAUGCAUAACAAAGUUGGACUGAGCAGUGAGAGUUCCUGUAACACCAACCAGCCUCAGUAUCUGAAUUCAUUUGCACUAUACAACACUGGACUGGAUCAACAUAGUAGACGCCAUCCUUUGUUCCUGAACCCUCUGGUUGUUCCCAUGGAAAAUCUCCAAACAGAGAAGCCAAGGGGUUUCAUUGAUGCUUGGUCCAACACAGAAACCGGUGAUAACCAUGCCAACACCAGUACCACCAACAAGAACUCUGCCUCAUCAACUGGUAAAUUGUCCCUUUCUUCUCUGGAUCUAUCAAUGGGGGCUGGUGCUGUGAAUGAAGAUGUAGGUAAUGUUAACAUAGGGUUGGGUUUAAUGGAGCCAAAUGCAAACACACACACUGAUACAAAAAUCUCUCUCUCAAACUGGCUCAACCCAGCACCUUGGGUGGCUUCAACACUAGGGGGUCCUCUAGCUGAAGUUCUAAGGUCAAGCACAGUCACUGCCACCACCAAUGAAGCAACCUCCAACACACCCUCACCAGCCACUACACACGUUGAAUCGAACAGUCCACUGGGAACAAUGGUGUCAUCUCCAACUGGGGUGUUGCAGAAAACGCUUGUUUCAUUGUCUGAUAGCAGUAGCAAUAGCAGCCCAACUGUUGUAUCAUCAAGGGCCAACUCUGAGAUGCCCUUGCUCAGGUUUCAACCAAUCCACAUAUGUGACUAG